UUUUCUUUUUUCUCUUGUUUGAUGGCUUCUUCUUCUGUCAGAAGAACAAAAUCUAGUAGUUGUGGUUGUUGAUUAAGAUUUAUUUCUUAAGAUGAUAGCAUCUUCUCACAAUUAUUUCAUAUUUGAAUCUAUGAUUUCUCUAGUUUUUAUUUUUCUUUUUAUACUACGUAGCAUCUCUUGUUAGUGGAAUUCUUGAUUAAGAGAUUGUUCUUAAGAUGAUAGAACUUCCUCACAAUUUUGUUUGAUUUUUAAAUCUAUAUCUUUUUUCUUAAGAUGAUAGUACCUUUGAUUAUAUGAUAUCUUAACAUCAGAAUUUUCUUUUUCUCACAGAUGUUUUUAUCGAAUCGGGUGUAUUCAGUGUGUUUGUUUUUGCUGACUCGGCAUGGUUACGACUCGCCUAUCGACUCACAAAACACGAUUUCGACGAGUCAGUUGAUUCCAGUCAGAUUUUGUCUGAUAUUCUGACCCAGAAUCAGAAAAACCCUAGCAUGAGUGACCGUUGGAUUCAAACCCCAAUUUUCGACCGUUUGAUGAUAAACCCGUUAUCCCAGAAACCCUAGUAUAUAAACUAAAAGUUUUCAAGGCUGCAGAGUCUUUAUUUCAUUUUUUUGGAUCUUCACAAAAUUCCUCUGUAUUUCUCAAUGGCUGAAAGGGGGAAUUUAUCAAGCCCUGAGAAAGCGAGCAAGAUUAGAAAACGUAAAUCGUCCAAGGGUUCUGAAACUUGCACCUCUGAAUUACCCUAUCUAGAGAAAAAGCUUCUAUUGCUUGCUUAUAAGGAAUAUGAACAUGUUAAAGACAAGUGGAGUGUUAUCAAGACUAAAUCCAAGUAUUCUCUAUUCUCUGAUAGGGAUUCCAGGGUUUUAAACCUUCAGCACAUGUGGUUGAUGGAGAUGGGGUAUGAACUUGUUAAUGAUGAAGUUGUUUGUAAGGGUAUUUGUGUUCGAUCAAGUGAUGGUUCAUUUGUGAGGUCCGCUAAAAAGGGAUGUUCAGGUAACGAAGGAAUUGAUGGCGAGUCUCUAAGUAGCACAGAAAUUAUGAAGAUUGGUGAAUUAACAUGUAACAAAGGAACUGAUGGUGAAUUAACAUGUAACAAAGGAACUGAUGGUAAAGAAGUAUUUACCGAGGAAGAACAUUUGAUCAAGCACAUCAAUGAUUAUCUGGAUACUCAUAAGAAAGAACUUUUGGGAACUGUUGAAACUGAAUUCAGUAAGGUUAAAAGAGGAGUUUCUUUGGUUGUGAAGGAUUGGUUUCACCGUCGAGGUGGAGGUGGUUAUGGAGACAGUCUAUCUGGUGGUGGCUAUGGUUCUGAUGAUCGAUCUGGUGGUGGAUAUGGAAGCAGAGGUGGUUCUGGAGGUGGUUAUGGUUCUGUAGGUGGUGGUGGUGGUGGAGGUGUUGGAAGCUGCUACAACUGUGGUGAGUCUGGUCACUUUUCUAGGGAAUGCACUCAGGCUAAGAGUGGUGGUGGAGGCGGUGGAAGUUAUGGUGGCAGCGGAAGAGGUGGAGGUGGUGGUGACUGUAGUUGUUCUGGCCACUUUGCUGGCGAAUGCCCUAAUGGCGGUGGAAACUAGAAUCAGGACAAAGAAAAAGAGGGUAUAAACGUUCAAAUCUGUUUUAGAGUUUUUUUUCUGUUCUAUUUUACUUUCUUACUGCUGGGGGUUUAUCUUUUGGAACAAUUUUUUGUUCAUAGAGUUUGAUCAAGGGCAACAGUAGUCAUUGUUGUUCUUCAUUUUCUCUAUCUUACUCUUUUCCGGAUAUGCUACUUUAGUCUUUACUGCUUGGGGUCUGUAAGUUAUGGAGUCUUACUCUUUUGAAGAGUGAGUAGGAACAUGUUGAGUGGAAGAACUGGUGUUUAGAAGAUAUGUACUACUCUCUCUUUCUCUGAAUAUAAUAGAAAUAUAUGGUUUUAUUAGUCAA